GAUCUAGGAAAAGGUGAGUCCAAGGGGAGGUGAGACGCUAGAAGCCAGGGGGAUCAAUUCAUGGCGGCCUUUCCUCCCCUAUCAGGGCUUCCUGCUACUCUUAUUAGUCGAUUCCACCGGUCACGUGGACUCCCCCACCCAAGCUCCUCCUCUGUGCCUCCUCUUCCUCCACUCGCGAUUCGAACUCGUUCUUCCCCUUCUUCUUCCUAACCCUAACCUUAGAUCUCCUUCGAUCGCCCGUCCGCCAUUAAUCUUCUCGGCAAGAGAGGGGAGAAAAGAGAAGCAGAAGAGGGGGUGGGGGUGGUGGGGGGGUGGGGAGGAGAUAGAGAUGGAUCUUCAGACGAACCACUCCAUGUUCGAGAGGCGGCCGCCCGCCAAAGAUCGGGCCCCCGCCGUCCGGUGGUUCAAGGAAUGGGUUCCGCAGGAAGUGGUGGCGACUGGUGGAAAGUGCUCUCUUUUGAAGUGGGUUACAGAGGAUAUGCUAAAGACUCUGAGAGAGAAAUCUAAGGAACCACAAGCAGAAGAGCCAAAAACUGAACCAACCACUGAAGUUCUUUUCCUCUGCAGCUAUGAAGGUUGUGGAAAAACAUUCGUUGAUGUAGGGGUUUUAAGGAAACAUGCUCACAUUCAUGGAGAGAGGCAAUAUGUUUGCCAUUAUGAAGGCUGUGGAAAGAAAUUCUUAGAUAGUUCCAAGUUGAAAAGACAUUUUCUUACUCAUACGGGAGAAAGGGAUUUUAUAUGUCCUUAUGAAGGCUGUGGUAAGGCUUUCUCGUUGGAUUUCAAUUUAAGGGCGCAUAUGCGAACACAUUCGCUGGAGAACUAUCACAUUUGUCCUUAUCCAGAAUGUGGGAAAAAAUACACACAUGAAUGCAAGUUAAGAAGUCAUAUCAAGGCCCACCAUGAAAAGAACUCGGUGAUCGAUGGAAUGAAGCACGCACCAGCAGCAGAAAAGCUCCAUAGUACCCCAAAGACUCCUGCAGCGGCUUAUGGUUCUGCUUCCUCUGAGCGCCCUUAUGCCUGUCCAUAUGAAGGCUGUGGGAAAGCAUAUAUUCAUGAGUACAAACUGAACCUCCAUUUGAGAAGGGAACAUCCUGGCCACAAUUCAGAAGAAAAUGGCAAGCCCGCGCCUGCUGCUGACCAUGCGAUGGAUGAAGCCAGCGAUCAGGAUGCUUAUAUUGUGAAGGGUGGUGUUGGCAAGAACAAUAAAAGAAGCAGCAAGGCCAAUCAGGAGCAGAAGAUGCCGCCUGCAAAGAUGCAGAAUCGGAAGGGCUCAAACUCGGCUUCUAUAAAUGUUAGCACUGUCAAGAAGCAGUGGCCACGCAAAGAGGUUUAUGAGGAGGAUAGUGAGGAAACGGAGGAAGAUCGAGACAAUGUUGAAGAGGAUGGGUGGACGUAUCAAGGUACAAAUGGCGAUGAUGAGGAGACAGAGGAUGAAGACUAGGUCUUGGCUUACAGUCUGGUACGAACAUUUUCACAGAUGUAGUUGAUGUCCAUAACUGGUUUCAUGUUCGACCAGAAAUAAGUUAGUUGGCAGUAUUGUGUUUUUUCCCCGCUAUUAUUGAAUUUUGGUUAGAUUCUGUUGAAUGUGGAUACCAAGUUGAGAGGACAAAAUAGCAGACACAAUAAACCUUGGUAAGUCUUAUCCAGUCAGAGACUGGGUCUACUUGCAUGUAUAUGAUUGCACCCCUGUGCUUGGGUGAGAUGUUGGCCCGUCUGCUAAGAUUUCCAGCAACAGUUGUUAGGCUUGCUGUUCUUUAAUUUCACCAAACUGAAGCCUGUUCACGUU